AAAAUUCAGAGAAAAGGAGGAGCAAAUAUUUGUAUUUGGUGGAUAGGGAGCAUGAAGGGACGAGAAAAUCCCUCUAAAUAAAACCAACACAUUUGGUGUGAAUGGACGAAAACACGAACAGCAGAUUUGUCCAACAACGUGCCAGACCAAAGACUGUGUCAGUGAACCUGUGCGCGUGGGUGAGUGUGUGUGUAUGUGUUUAGAGUUAGUCAGGAAGAAAGGAAAGUGUUUGUAAACCCUGUCCGGUGGUGUUGUUGAUCCGGUCCAGCUGUUAAUCAGUGUUGUAUGACGCCUCCGUGGAGCGCACUCCGAUUUGGACCAAUCCAGUCUCGUGGCCCAAAAUUGCUCCUUCAUCUCGCGCUGUCUAUUUGGCACUUUGAUGGAUGUCCUCGCGCAGCUCAGGGGGGUGGGUACGGGUCGGCAGUCUCCCCUCGUACUCCCGCACGCACACACGAAGUGACGCACUCACGUGCGGUCGUACUAUAACGACUGGAGCUGAAGCGGUUGCAGUCCAGACGGAAGUGUCCGUGGAGCGGCGCGUGGAGCAACCUGUGUUCCUCGCGCCGGAGCGCAGCGCGGGGCUCGCGGAGGCCAUGGAUCACAUCGGGAUUGUGGGGGCGCACCUGCAGCACCACGCGCAGGUGGAGCCCAUCAGCUUCGGCAUUGAUCAGAUCCUUAGCAGCGUGGAGCAGAGCUGCAUGCUUGGCGUGAGGAUGCACGAGCCAGACUACGGACACGGGGCCUAUAACGGUGGCAUGAGCGGCGGAGUGAACGGCGGGUUCGCCUGCGGGAACACCGGAUAUAACGGCACCGGCAACUCGUGCGGAAUGGCCUCCCUUGGCGGGGCGUAUCAUAUGAACAUGGCGGUGAAUACACACGGGACAAACCUGAACCCCGCCGGAGUCAUCCGCGUGCCCGCACACCGACCUCUGAGCUGCGGAAACUCAUCCGGACCACCGAGUAGCGCGAGCGUCAACAACCUGAGCACGCUUACCUUCCCCUGGAUGGAGAGCAACCGGCGCUACACCAAAGACAGGUUCACAGGUAGGUUAGCCUCCGUUUCACCUGCGGGGGGAUCCGAGAGGCCUGUUCGAGGCGACAGGCCGGAAAUCACACAGCGAACACAGGUCUAUCUAUCUGUCAGGAUAAAUAAUCAUAAAAUAAUCAUAAUAAUGAGACAUGUUUUUGUGUGUGUUUACGAAUAAAAUCAUCCAUUUCUCCCCUUUUGGUUCCAAAGCCUGGAGAGAACGGGAGGAGAGUUUAUUCAGUCACUUUGGUCACUUUGGACUUUUGUCUUCUGCCUGAUACAAUUACAUUUGAUCAUCAAUUACGCGACGAUUUAUCAUUUAGAAAAAAAAAAUUAAGAACACUGAAGAGCGUGCAGAUGGUUUUUUAACAUUGUUACAUGAGACUUUGAACAUAACGGAAAGUUCUGAAUGACAGACAUGCAGGGCUGUUUUUAUCCCGGUCUGAAUGUUUUAUUACUGCUGACAGAGCUUUAUAAUAUUUAAUUAUUUAAUAAGUUAAAAAAAAAAUCAAUCAUCGAUCGAUGAGGCGCAGUAAACGGUUCAGCAGGUAGAUGUUAGAGGAACCUCGUUCAAAACGAAACUUCCUUAAAGUUUCCAAAAUUUCAGCUCCGAAACAUUUUUUAGGCUAAAAAUAAUUGAAAUUCUAAAAUCAUUCAAGCAAAUGUGAAAAAGCCUAAAGCAACAAGUUUUACAUUUUGAUUUUAGAAAUGGUAAGAAAAAUUCGGCUUUUCCCAAACAAGUCCUCUUUUUACUGCAGAAAAUUCAUUUAAACAAGAGAAAUGAAGCUGAACCAUAACAACAAUAACAUGUAAACUUCAGUCAACUCCUACAAAUAACCAAUAUCCUCGAGAAUAUACAAAAAAUGACAUAUAGCAGCAGUUAGUUUUGCUCUUUUUUUCAGAGCUCCUCGGUGUCAGUUCAUGAUGAGAAGCUGAUUUGUGAAUAUAACUGUAGAGACUGGAAAUCUGCAUAGAGCUUUUGUCAGAGGUGUUCGUUGUCGUUACAGCAACAGAUGAAGAACCACAGAGGCUGCUCUGUGGUUUUGUAGUCAUGGAGUAAAGGCUUAUGAUACAGUUUAACACCCUGUUGUCCAGCUGUGAACAUCCACAUUUACAGUCAGAAUUCUUUCUUUUGUUUCCUUUAAAAUAAAAAAGUCAGUAAAACGAAUAACUCCAAGUAUCUGAUGACUUGGAUAAAAGGUUUUUUUCUAUGAGCUGCUGCUUUUUUUCUGUGUUGGACAGUGUAAAGCUGUCAGAUCUCUGUAUUUCCUGUCUCGGCUGGUCCUCCUCUGUCUCUCGGCUUUUGCUGCCCUGCUUUAUAAGAGCAUCACUUUGCUUUUGUAUGAACUCUUUAAAAAUUUUCCCUGCUUUGCAUUAGCCGAGAAAACCUCCAGUGAAACACUUAAAAGGCACCUCUGGAGUGACUGAAGGCCCCUCUGACCUGCUGUUUACAAAGGGCUAAUAAUUCAAGCAGUGAAUCAAUGUAUCUGCAUUUCAUCUAUGAAAACAAACAGAGGCUUCAUAUAAGCUUUAUUGGAAUACCAACACAAACAAAAAUAUAAUCAGUGGAAAUGCUCUUUGAUUAAAUCUCUAGAUGUAUGUGACUGCAGAAAUGAUGCAGAUCAUUGUGCGUGAUCAUUGAAAUAAAUAAAUUAAUAAUAAUAAUACUAAUACUAAUAAUAUGUUUAAAUAUUGACCUCUCUUUGGUCACUCUUUUGUGUUGCUUUCCUGCUCUGUCUCGCGCUGUCUCGUUUAUUUCCUAUCUGGCUGCUUUGACUUUCCCUCUUCCUUUCCUCUCCUGUCCUCCUCUUUCCUGUCCUAUGCCCCUGUCCCAUCCUGUACAGUGUCCCUCUCACCCUUGACUGUGACACGUCGUGUAGGUCACCCGUACCAGAACCGAACGCCUCCGAAGAAGAAGAAGCCCCGGACGUCGUUCACGCGGCUGCAGAUCUGUGAGCUGGAGAAACGUUUCCACAGACAGAAGUACUUGGCGUCAGCGGAGCGCGCGGCCCUCGCCAAAGCCCUGAAGAUGACCGACGCUCAGGUCAAGACCUGGUUCCAGAACAGACGCACCAAAUGGAGGUGAGAUCUUGUUUCGAGCUGGUCUCUCUUUGAUGUUUAGUUAUAUCUCCUAUUUUCGUGUUCAUUGCAACACAUUGGUUGUUUUUUUUUUAAGCAUUUGAGUCACAGACCUCGAAGAGCGCUCCUGCAAUUUGUUAACUGUAAACUCAAACUGGUUUCUGGGGUCUUACAGGGGUCCCACUGUAGUCUCAAAGCCGUUUUUAUCAAGACCUAAAACUGAAAAUUAGAAAAAUAAUUAUAAUUCACCGAAAUACAAACCACCCAGACUUGUCUGUGAGUGAGCUGCUUUAAAAGGCAGGCUCCCUGAUGUAAUCAGAUAAAAAAAAAAGACAUGAUCGGGUCUUCAAAGACCGUUGGAGUCUGAAUCCAGGACUGGGCAGGAGUAGGGUCAACAACUCCAUUUUCUUUAUGCAUUUGGGUUUUUGAAAAAUAUACAGGAAAUUAAAGUAUAUAGCUAUAAAGUGUUUAUAUGUACAAUCGAAAUGUAAAAAACUUAUUGAUUGACUUCCUUAUUUAUGAAGUCUUCAGCAGUCUAUUUUAUUUUCUUCAACCAAACAAACUCUUACUUUUUGCCACACUUGGUUCGCUCUUUAUCAGUUAAUCCACUCUGCACAAUGUGAAGAAAAAAACGAAGCGAUUGGUGUCAGUAUAGAUCAGAAUUGCGAUGUUAAAGGAAAUUGUGGCAGAUGUUUAAAAUUGAAGAUGAAUUUUAAAUUAAAAUAAAAACACUGGGUUUCUCAUCAGCUGAAAUAUCGUGUUUUACUCACAAAGAACUUCUGUUUCUCUUGGAUCCACAAACAGAUUCUCCAUCAUUAAUUUAUCAUCUGUUAAUCUGAGGGUAGCAUCUGAAUGGAGAAAAAGCCUGACUGUAGUAAUAAUACCCCGACCAAAAGGUUAAAUGUACAUGCUCAGUGAAAAUACGCGAUGUAAUUCUCGGAAUGUUUUUUUUUUCCUUCUAUUUUUUGGAAUUAACGAAGAUAUGUGUGAUGUUGAAUGUUUGUUUGUGUGGUUGUUUUUAUAGGUGUUUGUAUUGUGGUGUGAAUAAACUGUGCAGUUUGAACUAUGGAUGAGCUGAAAGAGGCUCAUGAUCCCGCCGCAUCUAAACGCAGCAACAGACGGAAUAAAAAAGCGCCUUUAUUAUUUGAGUUAUUUAAAACUGAGGGAGACAUGAGAGAAAAGGGCAAGAUUCAAAAUAGAUAAGACGUUUUAAGUGGAACAACGUAAGGAGGCUGAUAGACGACCCAAAUAAACAAAUGCUCCUUUUUAUUUCAUUUAUUGUUUUGAAUGAUGACAUGCAUCUAUCUUCUUUGUAAACCUAGACUUUGUUUAAAAAAUCAAUUCCUUAACUCAUUUCCACAUUUUUUAUUAAAAAUUAACCAAUUCUCUUUAAAGAAUUCCCUUUUUCAAUCUGCCUCUCGGUGAGAUGAAUUAAGAGAUUUAAUAGCCUGAUUCUGAUCAGGUUCCUGAUGUUUUCAGUCACUAAAGGAAAAAUACAUUGAAAGGUAAAAGACAGUUCAUCCUAUGGUAAAAGGGGUUGUCUUAUCUGCUGUCUGUCAUAUUAGACUCCUGUAUGUUUAUUGUUCAUAAUAAUAUAGUGUUCCCAGAAAAGAAAAAAAAUCGAAUUAUUUUCCCCCCAAGCCAGGAAACUAAAAAGCGCAAGCCCCGCAGGUGUGGUGGGCAUUGAUCCUACUGCACGGUUGUCUCGGAGUUAUAUUUCAUUUAGGAAUUGCAAACCGUUUUUUCUUAGAAUUACCCUCUGUUUUACCGAGACAAACCUGGCCUGAUCUGUGUGUGAUCAUGUCUUAAAACCUCUGUGUGGUGUUGUCUCGUUUCUUUUUCAGACGACAGACUGCAGAGGAGCGCGAGGCGGAGCGGCAGCAGGCCAACCGGAUCCUCAUGCAGCUGCAGCAGGAGGCCUUCCAGAAGACCAUCAACCAGCCGGUUACCCCGGACCCCUUGUGUCUGCAGAACAGCUCUCUGUUCGCUCUGCAGAACCUGCAGCCCUGGACCGAGAACACCGCCAAGAUCAGCAGCGUGUCGGCCUGCGAGUAGAGUGGCACCUCUCGGCCUCCGGCGGGGUGCGCGCGCCGUCGUGUCCCUAAGACUGAGACACAGACAGGGACAUGAGUCCUCCGAGAGGCCCGGUGCAGGACACUUGUUUUCAGAGCUCUGUGUUGGCAGGUCGUCUGCCUGUUCGUGGGCUGCAGAGAACAUAAACGGACGGUCCCUCAGCUCCCUGAUGAAGGGGGUCCACCUCUUAUCAUGAUCCUUCGCAGGUCUGGACUGGAUCCACGCUCCAGCCCUCCAGACAGCAGACUGAUGUUGUGGAGGUAUUUGGGAGGAUAUUGUUGACAGUGUGCUUCAUAGACACAAAGCUCAAGAGAGGAACGGGGGAAGUGACGUCACAGAGGUGUUGUAUCAUAUAUCCACCUGUAAAAGACGUAAAUGUUUCAUAAACAGCAUAUUUUCCUAUUUGAUGUUGGAUAAAUGUGUAAAUGUCUGUCUGUGUUCUUAUGUCUCACGGUCGACUUUUGACUUACUCACAUGAUCAUGUCCAAUAACAGCACUUCUUCAGCACCUUUGAUAAAAACACAUCAACACAAUCAAAGUGACUACAUGUGAUGAUUUACAGCCAACCACUGUGGAGAUUUAUUCUGCCCUCCAAAUACAAACAACAUCCGAUGAUAUUGCACUUUCUGGCAACAUCAAACAAAGACCACUUUGACCACACUCACCAUUUUCAGUUUUCUUUGGGUUUUUACUUUUUUAUUUACUUGGAAAAGAAAUAGAAAAACACAUUCAGUGGUGUGGCUGAGGCUAAGAUCCGUCAAGAUGUUUGUUUUAGUAUUUGUUCCAUUUUUAUCGACCAGCAUUGCGCAGUGCACAUGUAGGCCUCUCUCUCUUUCUCUCUCAUUGAUGAUUACUGUGUGUGUGUGUGUGUGUGUGUGUGUGUGUGUGUGUGUGUGUGUGUGUGUGUGCGCGCGCGCGCGCGCGUGCCUGCGUUUUAAGAGAAACAGAAAAAAAACUUAAUCUAUUUCUAUCUUCAGUGACAACAAUAAAGUAUUUUGCACACUAAAUUUAUUUCUCCUCUGCAGGCUUUUGUGGAUAAAACAAUUCAAAAGCAGUCUGCCAUUAUUUUUUCCAUGUCUUUGAAAAAGACAUAAAACUCCAAUUGUACAUAUUUUGGAGAAAAAACUUAAGUGUGGUUUAUUUUCCACACACUUUUCAUCAAUCUCCGUAUACAGCCAUAUUCCAAAAAUGCAGUUGUAAUUGUAAAAUGUCGAUAAAAGCUUUGUUUCUACAAAUCAUUCAAGUCUUAUAGGUUGAUCUGUUUAUCUGAUUUGAACACAUCUAAAUAUUUGUGUCAAAAUUUUAAAAAAAAAAAAAAAACAGAAACACAUGGCACACCGCUGAGGGGAACAUCGGUUCACCUGCCCCUUCUUUACAACAUCAGAUGAUUUAGAAAUAAAAUUUCUCUUAAAGUUUUACUGUAAAGGUCAGGGGGGGAAAACAUAAAUAACACAAGCAUUGAAACAGAUUCAGUUUGAUCCGUUUUUGCAGUUUACUGUUCAAGAUCCUCCACUGAGUAACUGUUAGAAAUGGAAUUUAAAUGAGCUUAGGACCCUUUUGAUGGACCUGUCCUGGCUGACCUGCAGACUAAGAUGUUGGAGUUGUUUUAGUGGAAGUGUCCUCUCUAAAUUAUGACCUCUCUCUAAAAGUGAACAUAGUUUGAAUGUUUUCAGAGUCAGAAAUCGGUCCACUUUAAACUCACCUUGAUGUUUUAUCCCUACAGCUCCUUUUCACACCAUGCACACCUUUUAUGGGUUUUCUCAACAGAUAUGAUAAAGAAAGAACGCAGUCUGAAGUUUGUGAUGCUUUUUGAUAUAGAGCUAUGUCUGCCUUUAUUCAAUAUAUUCAUGCUUUUUGACACCUGCAAGCACAGAUACUUUCCAGCAGGGCUUGUGGUCUAUCAAGACUCCCACAAACCUGCUGCCAUAAUUUUUUUCAGUUUUCAAUUUGACUGUUUCCAAUGAAUUUAUGUGUGAAUCUCAUUAUUUCCAACUGUUUCCGAUCUGUUUUUACUCAAAUAUAACAAUAGUUUAUUAAUGUUAAAACCAACAUUUGACUUUCAUCUUACCACCAACUCUAGAAGCUGCUGCAGGUCAUCCCAAGAACCUAAAGUAGUAUGCCAGGAAAUCUGACACUGAACAGUUUUGACUGAACCCUGUGGGAUACCACAUGACUGUGAGCAUCUUCACCUAUUUUGUUCCAAUCAAAUAAAGAGAAAAGAAAACACA